CGCAGUCUCAAGAAUCUAGGUUUUCCAUAUGUGGACCUAUUGCUCAUCCAUUGGCCGACACCUCUUAAACAAGUGGACGACGACUUCUACCCCCAGGACGCCAACGGACAGGCAUUGUUUGAUGAAUCCAUACAAUUGAUUGAUGUCUGGAAAGAGUUUGAACAGAUCAAGCGAGAUGGUCUUACCAAAUCAAUUGGUGUUUCAAAUUUUAAUUCGCAACAAAUCGAUGACUUGAUUAAGAACUCGUCAACAGUUCCGGCCGUAAAUCAAGUGGAAUGUCAUCCGUAUCUAAAUCAGGAGAAACUGUUGCAGUGGUGUCGCCAACGGGGCAUCCAUUUGACCGCAUACUCACCGCUGGCCAGGACUGGAACCGUCGAAGAGAAGAACACCACUUCGCCGCUCGACAUACCGUUGAUCAAAGAGUUGGCCGCGAAGUAUGGCGUGAGUGCGGCCGCCGUUUGCAUCAAAUGGCAGACACAGAGAGGAGUGGCAGUGAUUCCCAAGAGCGCCACCAAAGAGCGGAUCGUCGCUAACAUCGAUAUAUUCCACUUCAAUCUGACCGACACCGAAGUGCAGGCCAUUAAUGGCCUCAACAAAGACUGGCGUAACAAUACGUGGUCGCAGUUUGGCAUCAAUAAGCACCGAAACUGGCCCUUUCAUAUUCCCUACUAAACACAUCCCUGUGUUUUCACAUUUAUAUUGAUGAAUUAUGUAAAGUUAUAAUUCAUAUAAGCCUUGAACGAGCAGUUAAUCAAAAGUAAAUAAUAAAAAUAAAAGUGCAAUAAAAAUAAAAUUUAAUUAAA